AUGCGGCGGGUGCAGCUGCGAGGCGGCGGUGGGGCGACAGCGUCGGAGGCGUACCUGGAGGGGAGCCGGUGCGGGAGGCGCGGGCUGGUGGCGGAGCUCUGUCGGCACUUCUACGCGCAGGGAUGGGUCACGGGCACCGGCGGCAGCAUCACCGUCAAGGUCAACGACCCCGCCGUGCCGCUCGCCGACCGCCUCAUCGUCAUGUCACCCUCCGGUGUGCAGAAGGAGAGGAUGGUAGCAGAGGACAUGUAUGUGAUGGCUGCAGAUGGAAAAGCGUAUCUGAUGAGAGGAGCUGGGUCUGUCAUUCACAGCCAUGGAAUAGAGACUUGCAUUGCAACAAUGCUCAACCCUGGUGCAAAGGAGUUCAGGGUGACCCACAUGGAAAUGAUAAAAGGAAUCAAAGGUCAUGGCUACCGUGAUGAAUUGGUCAUUCCUAUUAUUGAGAAUACUCCUUAUGAGUAUGAGCUCACUGACUCCCUAAGUGAGGCGGCUGAAUGCUAUCAUUAUCUUUUAGAUGCUUGCAUCAAGCUCUAUCAGCUAGGUAUUGAUUGGACAACUCCUGAGCAUGGUCCAAUAAACAAUGCAAAGAGACAGCGCAGCAUUUUGAGCUCUGAAAUUCCUAAUGGAUGUCAUGCUGCUGAUUCAUCAAAGUGUGUUGUACUAGACAUUGAGGGGACAACCACUCCAAUAUCAUUCGUGAUUGAUGUUAUGUUCCCUUAUGCCCGUGAUAAUGUACGAAAACAUCUGACUUCUACGUUUGAUUCUGAAGAAACUAAAGACGACAUCAAACUGUUGCGCAUCCAAAUUGAAGAUGAUUUACGAAAUGGAAUUUCUGGGGCUAUUCCAGUUCCACCCGAUGAGGCUGGCAAAGAAGAGGUUAUCAAUUCAUUGGUUGCCAAUGUUGAAUCGAUGAUUAAAGCAGACCGGAAGAUCACACCAUUGAAACAACUUCAGGGUCAUAUUUGGAGGACUGGAUUUGAAAAGAAAGAGCUACAGGGAGUUGUCUUUGAGGAUGUUCCUGUGGCACUAAAGAACUGGCAUGCUAGUGGCAUAAAGGUCUACAUAUACUCAAGUGGAAGUAGAGAAGCACAAAGGCUUCUAUUUGGCAAUACAACAUACGGUGACUUGCGAAAGUUCCUAUGUGGGUAUUUUGAUACCACCACUGGAAACAAAAGAGAAACAAGGAGUUAUUUUGAGAUCUCUCAAUCACUCGGGGUGGACCGUCCAUCUCAAAUCUUAUUUAUCACCGAUGUCUUCCAAGAAGCUGUUGCAGCAAAAAACGCUGGUUUUGAGGUGAUAAUCUCCAUUCGCCCGGGAAAUGCUCCACUUCCUGACAAUCAUGGUUUCCGCACUAUCAAAUCAUUCAGCGAGAUCUGA